CCAGUCGUUGAACAGAAACUCGCUGGCGGCAUCCGAGUCCACGGCCUCUUAAUAUCUCUAUCAGCAGGAGCAACGAUAGUCGCUUGCUGUGCCACGGCGUAUCUCAUUUUUAGACAUGCAAGCAAUUACACGAAACCCAAAGAACAGAAACAAAUCAUCCGAAUCUUGUUAAUGGUCCCCGUCUACUCCAUCGCCUGCACCCUGAGCAUCAUCUUCUACAAGAAACAGGUCUACAUCGGAAGCGUCUACGAGUUCUACGAGUCCCUAGUCAUUGCGUCAUUCUUUCUCUUGCUUUGCCAGCUGCUGCACCCCGAUUUGAAUACGCUACGCCGGGUCUUCAACUUGGUGGAACCAAAGAAGUGGCUCAAUCCAACGCGAUUUUUUGUCAAACACGUGGGAAGAAACAAAAAGGGACAGACCGAGGAUGGGCUUAAAUGGUUCAACAUCAUUUGGUUCGACGUCUUCCAGUUCUGCACCGUCAAGUUCUUUGGCGCUCUCACAAAAUGCAUCACGGAAGCGGCGGACGUGUAUUGCAAGGAAUCAAAGGAUCCCAGUCAUGCCAGAAUUUGGGUCAUGGUAAUUGAGAUUCUUUCCCUCGUCACGGCGAUGAUGUGCCUCUUGCAAUUCUACCACCAAACCUCAAAGGAGAUGUCCCAGCAUCAACCUUUGCUCAAGUUUCUCGCCAUCAAGCUGGUGGUGUUUCUGUUCUACCUUCAGACAGGCGUUUUCGAGUUCCUCACAGGCGACGGCGGCCCAUUGAAACCAACAGCAUACAUCUCCCACCCAUCAUGGGCAGUCGGUAUCCCCAACACGCUCCUCUGCUUCGAGAUGGCAGCCGUCGCAAUCUUACACCUCUGGGCCUACCCCUACGCCAUCUACAAACACCCGGCGGCACCGACAAAGACUGGCUACAACGCCAGCGACGAAGAAGGGCAUGGAACCGACCAAAGCUCCACCUCGCGCAUCAUCCCGGUACGAAGUUGGGAAAUCUGGCCUCAGCAGCCGGAAGCGACGUACGCGGGGCAAGACACGUGCGGCGUCUGGGACGCUGCAGAUGGUUCUUCUCAGUCUGUGAGCCAGGCGAGCGGCGUUUCUGCGCGGGGAUUCCAGUGGAGAGCUCUCAAGGAUGCGCUCAACUUCGUGGAUAUCUUCCGGGCUGUUGUGGGAGCGUCGCGGUGGCUGGUCGUUGAACGGCGAAAGGCUGCUCGCGCUCGCGGCGCUGGGGCCGGAGGUGUUCAGAUACAGAAUGAGAAUGGGAUAGAGUACAUGGAGAGGACUAGGACGGACGAUCUGUCCGAGGCACUGAACAUGGUUAACAGUCAGACGCCUCGCAGGUGAACGAGCAGGCGAGAGUUGGAGAUUGCACGGAAACUAGCGGAUCGGAUGAGAAAACGAUUUCGUCCAUUGCAUGUACUUCGCAUUCUAACUUUGUAUCUAGAGUUGUCAUCUCUCUCUACCUUUAGGUCCGCUCAAGCGCAGACAUGUCAUCAUAGGAGUCUUCCAAGUUUCAUCACAAACAAAUGACAUUCAGCAAAACAAUGAAAAUUUCAAGAACAAGUCAUUGACGAACACCUGCUGACACCCAUCUCUCAGGUCUUACACGAGUCCUU